UGUUUUUUCUGAGAAGAUGGCUCAGGAUUAUAGUGCUAUUGCUGGUUGCCGUGAUGGAGAUUUUUGCUCCUGAUCCAGGAAAACGUGUUCUGGCUAGACAAGCAGACACCUAUUCUCCAGGUACCGUGACAAAGAAUUACAUCGCCACAUUUGUUGUUACGCUAGACAACGGCAAUGAAAUUGAAUACAGUUACGAGGACAUCACGGCAGUAGUAUAUGAUACCACUCCCAACUGGACCAGCUUAGGAGAUCGCGUGAUUGCACCGUCACCAAAAGAUAAUGCGAGCGAACAAUACCUUCUUGGUUUCGUGACUGGCGAUCUUUGUUCAGGAAAUGUUACGGAAACGUAUGAAAUUACUUUGAACAAAGGACAUAGAGUCGACAACUACACGCUGAAUUUGCUACGUAAACUCCCUUUUUUCUCAUCAACUCACCAAGUCGGAGCUCGCGUGUUUGCUCGUAGAAGAGACGACUUUUACUUUCGCGGAUUCGUGAAAAGAACAAGUUACCAUGGAAACAUACUUUACAUAGACGUGCAACUGGACCAGUCGGAGUCCAUUUCACAUCAAGCCAAUGACAAGAGAGCCAUAAUCCUGGAUGUCAUCCCACCAUACAGUCACGUGCACGCUACUCAGCGCGUGAUUGGCUACUAUCCUGGGUACUCAAGUUAUCUUCCUGGAACAGUGACUAGACGGAACACAGAUUGUUGGGAAUCAGCUUACCGUGUCAAAUUUGACAUGGGAGGACAGCGAGAUCAGGAUUUUCAUGAAAUUCGAAUCCUGCCUCCAAUUGUACAAUUUCUAUUUUUUCCGUAAAGCGAAAGCGAAACCUUAUUUUUCGUUAAAAGAUGGAAGAAACAAUAAAAU